CCCCCGCGAGCGCCCAAGGUGCCGUCUUUGGUGUUCGCCAUAGGCCAUCUCUGCUCCUGUCUACAUUCCCCAGGCUCGACUCCAGCACAUAGACAAGACCUAAGAUGUGGUGAAGUGCACACACAGUUACCAGCACAGCCUCAAGGUGGAUUUCCUCUGUGCUUGAAGAGAGAGAAAGCAAUGUCCCGGUGUCUGUAGAGAUGAUUUGCAGUUCAGCGCAGCUGAAGCUGACCGAAUGAGCUAUGGGCUGUGCCUCUGCCAAGCAUGUCGCUACUGUUCAAAAUGAAGAGGAAGCACAGAAAGGGAAGAGCUACCAGAACGGGGAUGUGUUUGGCGAUGAGUAUAGGAUCAAACCCGUGGAAGAGGUCAAAUACAUGAAAAACGGGGCAGAAGAGGAGCAGAAAAUAGCAGCCAGGAACCAAGAGAACCUGGAAAAAAGUGCCAGCUCGAACACCAGGCUUAAAACUAAUAAAGAAAUCCCUGGAUUAGUCCAUCAACCCAGAGCAAACAUGCAUAUCUCUGAAAGCCAACAAGAAUUCUUCAGAAUGCUGGAUGAAAAAAUUGAAAAGGGUCGGGAUUACUGUUCUGAAGAAGAGGAUAUCACAUAGCAUCGAUUCUCCCAGUCAGACCAGGAGCUACUACUGUGUAAAUAGGUUACACCCCAGUUGAAACCUUUGCAAAGGUCGGUUCUCUUCACUGAAACAGCACUAUAGCAAAUGAAGACCGUUCCAUAUCCUAUGCCCCAUUAAAUUACAGUUUUUCUUAAUGAACCUGCAAAGGAAUAUUGCUAAACACAAACACACACACACAAAAACUGUUCUGGAACUUUCUUUGUUGCUGCUAGUUAAAACUUGUUGCAACUUUUCACUCCUCUCGUGUCCAAGUACGCAGCAGAAUUCUGCAGUUCACCUUAAAGAUACUAUUGGUUUCACGACGCUCUCUAGCCUGUUGUCCCUACGAUGGGGUACAGGUGAACUCUGAUACAGACGUCAGUUCUAGCCUGGUUCUGCUUUGAUGUCAAGCAUCCCCUCCCCUCCUUUCUCUUUAUCCAUCUCUCUUGAGUGGUCCAGAGAUGGCCUGAGCCUUGCUUCUCACUGAUAACGUGGGCCUUUGGACAUGGGAUGGUGGCCAUGGGUGAGCCUAGUUUCUCUGCUCAAAAGUAGAAGAGCCACAAUUGAUUGAAAGCAUGUUGUGACCUGACUCCCGGAAGUGACAAAGGAGCGAGCAAUCGAGCUAUAGGUUGUUCCACUUACUAGGACUCUUAGUGCAGGAUUAAGCUUGUAGCAUUGGCUUUUGCUCAGAUGCAAAUGGAAGUGUGACCACGUGACCACAAUCAUUUUCAACCCCUCCCUCCUCACUUUUUUUUUUCUAAGAAAUAAACAUUUUGCUGUUUUUAUGUAUCCUUGUCUUCUCCCAUUCAUCCAGUUCAGCAUUUUAAGAUGACCCUAGGUGUGGAAGCUAAGUCCUCUUUCACAGUGACACUGGUGAUUGCCCUCAAUGGCCCCCCACCCUACUGGUGACAUCUACCAUGGUUUGGAAGGGCUGUGAGUGGUGAGAGGAGAUAAGGGGACAACCCUGUGACUUCUUAGGAGGGCUGGAAACCACCGUUAACCUUUCAUUCUGUGCUAUUAAAACACACUGUUUUCUGAUUUCCCCCCUCAAUAUGUUACGUGAGCCUUGCUCCUUCAUUUGUUUCUGUUUCCAGCUCUGGUAGUGAGGGUAAAACAUGUCUGCCUACUAGAAAACAUAGGACAUUCACACUGGUGAUCUUAACUUGGAGAUGUGAAAGCCAAAAGCCCCUGGUGGUGGGGAGUGCUGACUGUGUGGUCAGUAGAGUUUAUUUUUCCAUACUAUAUGAAGAGGACAAUCUCUUCUCAAAGACAGAAGUAAUAUUUUUAACAAAUAUUGUCACAAGUAAAUAGCAAUCAAAAGGAGAAAAAUAACUUUUGUAUUUUUUUAAUCAUGUUUGAUAGCUUUGAUGAGGGUUCUCUUUGUUACUUUCAGGGGAGGGUACUCUAUUAAAUGCCACGCCAGGGCAUUUAAUUUAAUGCACGCCAGUCCAGGGUUGAGCUUGUCCUACACACACACACACACACACACACACACACAUACACACACACAUACACACACACACAAACACAGAGAGAGAGAGGUGGGGGGAAGAGGAGAAAGAGAGAGAGAGGAAUGCUGUGUUUUUCUCUCUGAGGGUUGUGAAUUUCAAGGGUCUCACUAUCAGCUGCCUGCCACCUUGGAAGGUGAAAUAGUUACAAGCGAGACAGUUAAGAUGUUUCCAAUUGUCUGCCACAGACUAGGACAGGAAGCUAAAUUCGUUCUUACCAAAAUGAGCCUUGACUUUCAAAGCUGUCCACAAAAUGGCAAGAUUCUUCAUCUCCUGUCAGACCCAAGGCAGCAAAAGCGAGGGGGGGGGAUGCAGCCGAGUGCUAUAGAAAAUGGACUCGGGUGUUAGCAACAAAAUCCUAUAAUUCAUGCACCCGGCAGCAGCUAUUUUGGGGAUCAGCUGUGGCUGUUACAUAAAUAGAGUUUCAGCCAAAAGCUAAGGCUUUUUAUCCAGCCUCAAGCAGAAAAAUGCAGGGAGAGUCUAGCAGUCUAGGGUUUUAAGUUCCCUCCCCCUUGUAUGUUUUUUUGGCCAAAGGACGAAAAUAGUUUUCCUCAACUGUAAAUGAACUGCUAAACCCCACCUCAACUCUGUUCACUGGAGACUUUGUUCACUGUUCUCUGGAUGGCCUUUUCCGGGAUCUCAUGUUCUUAUCAAGCAAGAAUGAAGUGAAUGUUAACGUCUUCCAUUCGACUCCUCUACAUGGUGUCUAAAACAGUGUCUUCCCAGAAGACCAACUCCCAGUACCUGAAGAUGAGACACCCAUGUCCCUUUCCUCAGCCACGGUUAGCAUUUGGAUGUUACUCAUGUCUCUUGGGAACCUCAUUUUUGAGUGUUAAUGAACCCCUAAGUGCUGUUAAGGAAACAGCGGUUUUCCACGGUUCUCUCUCCCGUGUUUUUUCACGAGGAUACCUUGCUGUACAAAAGCGAUUCUAUCUUCAGACGCGUGUUUGGUUACCUCCAGGAAUAGGUCCAAGAAUUGGGAUGGUUGACUGGGUUGGCAUGAAAUGCUUGACUGUGCUAGCAACACUCAAAACUGUCUGUUUUUCAUUUGUUGGUUUGAAUCAUAAAAUUGUCAAGUGAUUUGUGUUUGUACUUUAUUUUUCUAGAUCUUCUGGAAGGAUCUAAAUUAAAAAUAUGUGCCCCUCCCCCAUACCAGAACAUUAA